CAUUUUAAUAUCGAAGAGUCACGACACGUUUAUUUAAAGGAGUUCUGUUAAAUAGCUAUUUUGCUGAGUAUGCCGCGCGUGCUUUUGCGUUCCCUUCUAGUCUGCUGUGUGUGUGUAGGGUUGCUGGCAACCGACGUGCCGAUAUAUGCGUGUGCGUGUGUGUGAGUGUAUAUGUGUGUGUGUGUGUGAUCGAGAGAGAGAGAGAGAGAGAGAGAGAGAGAGAAGUAACUGGGCAUGCUGAUUCAUCGGGUCAUUAGCCAUGCAAAGCGAAGGGCACUCCAAGAUAUAGAGACCGGGCGCGUUUAACAAAGACUGAGCUUACGAUCUUGGGUAGCCGGGCGCUCGAAAAAUCAGUCCGCGGGGGAAUCCCUGCCCUGCUUCAGUUGCAGCGCAGGUGCCGCUGCUGGCGCGACUGGCGGACAGAGAAGACCACGGCACCGGCGCAGAUACGGCGUAGGAGAUGGCGAGAAAUGUGCAAGCUAGUUAGUUAUCUGGCGCGAGAUACCUAGCCAGCAGGAGUUGGAGGGGAAAAAAACCUGCUGUUUCAUCAGAACGGCGCGCGCUGAACAGCGUGCGUACACCCACCCUGCACGGCUGCGGUCAGGCGCUCUACCAGGACAGGUUGGCUGCCUUGUUUUCUGAAGAGGCCUGCUGGUUGACGGGGGGUUAGGGUGGUAUGACGACCACAAACAAGGGAAGUAAAGCCUUGAAGGUGAAGCGGGAGCCGGGGGAGAAUGGGACGAGCCUGACGGACGACGAGCUGGUGACCAUGUCGGUGCGGGAGCUGAACCAGCACCUGCGCGGGCUGUCCAAGGAGGAGAUCCUGCAGCUGAAGCAGCGGCGGCGCACGCUGAAGAACCGCGGCUACGCCGCCAGCUGCCGCGUCAAGCGCGUGACGCAGAAGGAGGAGCUGGAGAAGCAGAAGGCCGAGCUGCAGCAGGAGGUGGAGAAGCUGGCCACGGAGAACGCCAGCAUGAAGGUGGAGCUGGACGCGCUGCGCUCCAAGUAUGAGGCGCUGCAGAGCUUUGCCCGGACUGUGGCCCGCAGCCCCGCCGUGGCCCCCGCCCGCGGCCCCAUCGCCUCCGUCAUCGGGCCCCUCAUCCCCGGCAAGGUGGCCGCCACCAGCGUCAUCACCAUCGUCAAGUCCAAAACCGACGCCAGGUCUUAGUAUCGGGAGGGAGGGAGGGAGGGAAGGAGGGAGAAACAGGGAGAGAGAGAGAGAGAGAGAGGGGGGGAAAGGAAAGGGAGCAUGAGAGGGAGAGAGAGAGGGAGAGAGGGAGUAAGAGUGAGAGAGAGAGAGAGGGAAAGGGAGCACGAGAGGGAGAGAGGGAGUGAAAGAGAGAGAGAGGGAGAGGGAGCAGGAGAGGGGGAGAGAGAGGGAGAAAGAGGGGGAGAGAGAGAGAGAGAAGGGGCCGGUCAGGAUGAGGAAAACAAACACGAUCAGUCCAAUAUUAAUGAGAACAGGGCUAAAAAUCCUGACCUUUCACCUUUUAAAUGUCAUAACCCUCCCCAUCCCAAACUCCUGUAUGACCCAAAGCCCCCCCCCCCCAAAAAAAAACAAAACACGAGACCGAUGAGGAAAAUCAAACAGGGCCCAGUCCUUCUUCUGGGCCUGACCGGCCAUUUUGGGGAAUGGUUAGAUGCCCCUCCUCCCUUGCAGCACGUCCAGACAAAAAAAAAAAAAAAACCGACGCAAAUGUUUGUGCUACGGUAGUUUGUUUUGUUUUGUUUCUUAGCGGUGUUGUUGGUGACAUGGAGUUCAGACAUGUCCCCGUUGUGUCAUGUGUCACGUGUUUCUCUGAUGGAUAUCGUGUUGGGCUCCGUGUUCUGCGUUCAGUCGUGAUUUAGUCAGUGGGGGGGGGGGGGGGUGGUGUGGUCCGUCCUGGGAUCCCUGGUACUGCUGCAGCCAGGGCUGACCAAUCACAAAGCCGCAAGCAAUCAUACAUGCCCACUUCUCACGCCACAGUUUAAAAACUGACGAGUUUCAUGGUAUUUCCCGGGGUUUUUGGUAACCAUGGCGAUGGAGCCUCAGUGCUGAGAAAGACCAGCGGGACAGCCGUCCCUCGUUUCCAGAAAUGCAAAGACAGGAAAUCAAGUGUUUUGUCCAAUUUUUUUAUUAAUUAAUCUAUUUAUUUAUUUAUUUAUGUAUUCUGGAGGGUUGUGUUACGAAGAACAGCAUCGCAGAGGCAAUAACAACAUUUCUGUGCAGGAUUUUAAACGAAAAUGUCUUUUAGUAUCAGUUCUGUUGUGGGUGUUGGUUUGGUGGCACAGCCUCACGGAUUGGGGAUAAACGUUGUGGCCAUUUUGACUUUUCCAUCUCUGCUGUCUGUUCAAAAGACGGGAAUCGGGCAUAAGGCAGACGGACAAAACAAAACUGAAAGGCUAAAAAAAAAAUGUUUAGGUAAAAGAUUUAUUUAUUUUUAUUUUUUUACAGAAACCUUUGUGAAAGUUUUUGUUUGAUUGUGUGCCCAUCAGUGAUACCACUUACUUCCAUCAUCAACAGUCUUUACUGGAAUGGGGACGGGCUGAUCUCAUUACGUAGACGAAAGUGUGUGUUUUUCACAAGCUUAACGAUACCAUCGUUGGUGUGUCUAUUCUAAGGGUCUUUGUCCAUGUCUGAGUGUUUUGUUUUUUUGUUUUGUUUUUUUUUUUUUU